AUGGAUAUUCCGUACGGGAAAAUACUCGUGUACGUUCUAACGUUCAUGGGAUACAUUUACAGCGGUUACGGUUCCGGAUUUUUGAAUAAUCUCCGAGACGCCGUGCUCACGGCGGAAACGGUUUUCGGGGAUGUUUUCCAUAAUUUCGUCAACGUCGCCAAGAAAUUUCGAACGAUGUCCGACGUAUUCGACGCCGCCGUCGAGGAGGAUUGCAUUUUCAAAUGUCCCAACAAUGAAGAACCGAGACCCAACAGAAACCACAUACCGACAGCGGACGGUUGCGGCUCCCUCGGCGUGAAAAUCGACUCGAACUACCUCCCGGUGGGCGAAAUGACGAAAUGCUGCGACGAGCACGACAUUUGCUACGACACUUGCAGGAAAAAUAAGGAAAUUUGCGACGUGGAAUUCAAGAGGUGCUUGUACAAGUACUGCGACGGCUACGAAGGCUCCGUCGCCUCCGGUACCAUCGUCAAAGCUUGUAAAGGGGCGGCGAAGAUGUUAUUCACUGGUACUUUAACGCUCGGUUGCAGGGCUUACUUGGACGCCCAAUCGCAGGCUUGUUAUUGCCCUUCGAGCGGCAGGAAAAAUGCCAGGAAGAAAUAUACGCAAGGAGAUGAAUUUUAA